UGACCCCCCCUAGUGCUGCCAUCUCCGCCCAUCACCCUCUAUCCGCUCCGUAAAAGUGGGUGCUAUGGAGAGGUGUAGUCACUAACCUUUACAAAAUAAAUCACCUGUCGAAACAGCAGCACCCUUAAAACUGCAACUAUGUUUGGCCGGUCACGGAGCUGGGUUGGAGGACAGGGAAAAACGAAAAACAUCCACUCCUUGGACCAUUUAAAGUACAUGUACCAUGUUCUGACCAAAAACACCACAGUAACAGACCAUAAUCGAAACCUCCUAGUUGAAACCAUCCGCUCCAUCACAGAGAUCCUUAUCUGGGGGGACCAGAAUGACAGCUCUGUCUUUGAUUUUUUCCUGGAGAAGAACAUGUUUGUCUUCUUCUUGAACAUCCUGCGUCAGAAGUCUGGUCGCUACGUCUGUGUCCAGCUCCUGCAGACACUCAACAUACUGUUUGAAAACAUCAGCCAUGAGACUUCACUGUAUUAUCUCUUGUCAAACAACCAUGUCAACUCCAUCAUUGUCCACAAGUUUGACUUCUCAGACGAGGAGAUCAUGGCUUACUACAUCUCAUUCCUCAAGACCCUGUCACUCAAAUUAAACAACCACACUGUGCACUUCUUCUACAAUGAGCACACUAAUGACUUUGCCCUGUACACCGAAGCCAUUAAGUUUUUCAACCACCCUGAAAGCAUGGUCCGCAUCGCAGUCCGCACCAUCACACUCAACGUCUACAAAGUUUCAUUGGACAACCAGCACAUGCUGCACUACAUUCGAGACAAGACAGCUGUCCCGUAUUUCAGUAAUUUGGUGUGGUUUAUCGGCAGCCAUGUCAUUGAACUGGACAAGUGUGUGCAGACAGAUGAAGAGCAUAAAAACAGAGGAAAGUUAAGUGACCUGGUAGCAGAGCACCUUGACCAUCUUCAUUACCUGAAUGACAUCCUCAUCAUCAACUGUGAAUUCCUUAAUGACGUGUUAACCGACCACCUCCUUAACCGUCUCUUCCUGCCCCUUUAUGUCUACUCAUUGGUUAGUCCUGAGACGUCUGAAGAGCGGAAGAUUAACCCUCAGGUGUCACUAUACCUGCUGUCUCAAGUGUUUCUAAUCAUUCACUAUCAACCGCUGGUCAGCGCCCUCGCAGAAGUUAUUCUCAAUGGAGACCUGUCUGUCUUCACCCCACAGACAGAUGUGCACAGCACCCAUAAAAACACGCAGGCCAGUGCAGGAGGAGUGCGUCGGUUCAUCAAACCUCCUGAAUCUCUGGAGCGCUCCCUGGAGUUGUCCCGCCAUCGUGGCCGCAAGAAAACACAGAAAAGACCGAACUAUAAGAACUUGGGCGAGGAGGAAGAUGAUGAAAGAGCAGGGGGAGGAGGCAGCAGUGGUGGAGGACUGGAGGAGGGCUGGGAUGAUGACAGUGGCAGAGGAGGAGAGAGGGAGAAGGGAAAAGGUACAGAGGGAGGAGGAGGUGGGAGUUCUAAGGGAAGCAGAGCGAGUGGGGAGAUGGCGGAAGAAAUAGAGAUGGUUGUGAUGGAGAAAUGUAAGGUGUCGGACCUGACCGAGCAAAACAUCACGGAUGAGGAGAAGACUGCUGCCGCCACCCGCACACAAGCACAGAGGAGCAGACCGUUCUUAGACAUGGUGUACAGCGCCCUUGAUUGCACCGAUGAUGACUACCACGCUUUGUUUGUCCUCUGCCUGCUUUAUGCCGUCUCACACAGCAAAGGUGUAAACCUUGAUCUUUUGGAGCGUCUUCAGUUGCCAGUUCCAGACCAAGAGAGGAGCUCUUACAGCCUGGUGCUUGCAGAAAGGCUGAUUAGAGUUAUGAACCAGGCAUCACAGCCAGAUGGCAAAGUGCGCCUUGCUACUCUUGAGCUGAGCUGCCUUUUAUUAAAGCAGUCUGUGUUGUCUGGAAACCACUGUAUAAUCAAAGACGUCCAUCUGGCCUGUCUGGAGGGUGCCCGAGAAGAGAGUUUGCAUUUCCUGCGAAGAUUCUACAAGGGAGAGGAGAUCUUUCUGGACAUGUUUGAAGAUGAAUACAGAAGCAUGACGAGUAAACCCCUGAAUGUGGAGUAUCUAAUGAUGGAUGCCUCAAUAUUGCUCCCACCCACUGGUACCCCUCUGACUGGCAUAGACUUUGUGAAAAGACUGCCAUGUGGAGAUGUGGAGAAGACUCGCAAGGCAAUUCGAGUUUUCUUCAUGCUGCGGUCGUUGUCACUUCAGCUUCAGGGAGAGCCUGAAACGCAACUCCCUCUAACCAGACCUGAAGAUCUUAUCAAGACAGAUGACGUUUUAGAUCUCAAUAACAGUGACCUGAUAGCCUGUAUGGUGGUCAGCAAAGAUGGUGGCCAAGCCCAGAGGUUCCUCGCUGUAGACGUAUACCAGAUGAGUUUGGUUGAACCAGAAACCAAACGACUUGGAUGGGGUGUUGUCAAGUUUGCUGGACUUUUGCAAGACAUGCAGGUGUCUGGUGUCGAGGACGACAGCAGAGCUUUGAAUAUUGUUAUUCACAAACCCAGCUCCAACCCUCACGCCAAGCCCCUGCCCAUCCUGCAGGCCACCUUCAUCUUUGCCGACCACAUCCGCUGCAUCAUCGCUAAGCAGAGACUGGCCAAAGGUCGUAUUCAGGCCAGACGCAUGAAGAUGCAGAGGAUUGCAGCUCUGCUGGACCUGCCGGUACAGCCCAGUGCAACUGAGGUGUUGGGUUUCGGUCAGACAGCGAACGCCUCACCCAGCGGCCUCCCUUUUCGGUUCUAUGAACAGUCAAGACGAGCACCCAAUGACCCCACUGCAAACAGAUCUGUAUUUGCUGCUGUCGACAAAGUGCCAGGUUUUGCAGUGGCACACUGUGUGCCACAGCACAGUCCGUCACCCCUCUCAUCCCCCUCGCCUCCUUCCAGUGGGAGUGGGAGCACAGGGAGAUGCGACUCUGUAACUGCGAGCACAAUAUCGGCUCAGAGCCCAACAGAUGAUGGAACAUUUUUGGAGCACACGCCACCCUCGUCUUCAGGUGGAGAAAGUGAAGGAGGAGGCGGAGAAGUAACUCUAGUUUCCUCUGCUCCUUCUACCACAGUCCCAGCUGCGAAUCCAGCUCUGGCGCCGAGCCUCACCCCGGCCUCCCAGCCCACCAUCUCCCUCCUCACGGACAACAACACAGAGACCCUGAGUGUGGAGUCGCUCACGCUGCUGCCUCCCGCCGACUCACCGCACCUGCACCCGUGUACUGUUACCCACUGCCUUCAGCAACCAGACGCCACCAUUGCAGAGGAAGAAGAGGGACAGAAAGAAGAAGAGGAGCUGCAAGAAGAGGAGGGGUCGCUGAUGGAUGAUACGGAGACGGAUGCAACAGUUAAAGAGGAAACUACUGAGACGACUGAGCUGCUCACACCUACUGAUGAGGCUCCAGAGGGAGCAGACAAACUCGACGGCGAGGACUCACCUCUGAAAGUCGAUGGGGAUUUGCUGCAAGAAAGAGACAACAUAACAGCAGAGUUUGUAGAGAAGAGCAAAGAUACAGAAUUACCAGACUCACCUGAGCUGGACUGAAGAUGCACACAUUUUGAUUUAUGCACUUAAUGUAAUUUACACACAGAGGACAGACCAAUAGGACCGGUAGGCUAUCCAGCUUGGCUGCAGUAUAUUUUCAUGUUGCCUCCUGCUGAUUUUGUGUGAUGUAAAUAGUCUUAAGAGACUUUUGGAGGCAUCUCAUCAUUUGUGUUUGCACGUGAAGAAAGACUCUUUCUACUCCCGAUGACGUAGACAUUUACCAAGCUCCAGGCUCAAAGCACAUUUGUCUUUAUGUUUUAGCACAAGUGUCAAACCGUGCAACCAGCAACAUUUUGUACUGAUUCAGACUGCAUCAGCUCAAACACACACAUUUACCAACCCCACUCUGAUUCUGUGAGUUGUUUAACUCACUUCCAGAAACCUAUUUUUGUGUCUUAUUGUUGCAGAACAUCACUAAUGUUUGGCAGAAAUGUCACAACUAUGCUACACACAGGACUCAGCUACAUUUGCCUUUUCAUUGUAACAUGUCAGACCCAUUAGCAACUACUGCCACUGGCAUUUUCUGUUUCUAAUCUUGGUUUAGUUGUUUUUCCCACAUGUAAAGUCAUCUGACACUUUUCUGUUUACCGGCUGGUCUCAGAGAAAGCGGCAUCAACAAAGAAGGAACAGGUCUCAGACUUAAAACAAUAAUGCAGUGUCGUGGCCAUCUUGUUUCCUGUUCCCAGACUUUUAAAUAAAUUGAUCUGGAGCACAUUGUGAGGUGUGUGACAGCAGCUUUUUAAAUGUGGCACUUUGGAAAGUUAUCACCACGUGUUGGUCUGGUUCCACGUAACAAAGAUUGUUUAAAUAUGCUGCAGUAACAUAACUUUAAGCUAGUUGGAUUUUUUUUUUCCUAUCACUGAUUUUGAUUCCAGAUUAACUUAAAUCUGCAGGGACAGUAAAUUGCUCAUUCGAGUGGGCAAUUCUACGAUUCUCCCUUCAGCUUUACUACAAAGAUAAGUGAUGUAAGUGGUCUUAUAGUCAUUUGCAAAACUGUUAUUCAUAUGUGGUGUCUUUAGAGGUCAUGUAGUUCCUAAUACUUUAUUUUUUUUUUGUCUGUAACUACAGGGGUCACUAACUAAGCAGCCACGAAAUGUUUGAUAACUUAAGAUAAAAAAUAUACAUCCAUCUAUUGUCUAGACCCACUUAUUCCAAUGAUGAGUCCUGGGGAUGCUGAAGUCUAUCCCAUCAGCCACUAUUCCAUCCCAGGGCUACAGAAAAAUAUUAAAAUAUUAUUUUGUGUGAAUAAAAAUGAUGGGUUAUUGUCACAGACAAACUAUGUAAAAUGACAACUUCAGGUCUGCUCAUCAUGGCAGCAUCACUUAGGCUGAAUGUAUUUUUGGGCUGGAUUUUCCAGAAGGAGCCACCGUUGUGUUUUAAAUCUAUAAUUAUUGAAAUAGUGCUGUGGAAAAACAAAGGAAGUAAAACCUAGUUAUACGGAAACCACUUGUUGCCCAGAAGGCAAACCCCUUGCCAACAUCCUUUAAUUAAAUUAAUAAAGCUUUACUGCUGCAAUAAUCUUAAGAGCUAAGCAGUGAGGGGAGAGACGAAUGUAACGUAAAACCUCUCUCUCCGAGCAACAGGUUUGUUUCAUAUUAACGGGACUGGUGUGUUUUGACUUUAAUUCAUGACUUUUUACAGUUCAGGAACAAAGCACACACAUUCUUCACAUCGCAUCCUUGUUUUCCUCUCUUCUCUCCUGCCUCUCUUUUCCAGCUCACUCACUUUGUUCCUGUGCCAUCAUCACAAGUCUUAAAAAGCUCGAUCAUUCUUAUUUUUCAACUGCGCAGCCCUGAAGUUUAUAAAUGAAGAAUUCAGAGCAAUACUCUGUUUUAUAAGUCUGUCUCUAAUUAUUUCCAUUGUGCUUCUGUAAAUAGCAGCAGAUUGAUUACACACAUGCUGAAGAGGCUUGGCACAUUUCGUAGAAUUGAUCAGGGGGUUUCUUGGGAACAUGUUUCCUGCUCUAUCGAAACAUGCCAUGGUGAGCCUCCAUUAUUAUCUGAUUGUAGUGUGUGUGUGUGAUAUGUUUGUAUGUUGUGUAAAUGCUUCAUGCUUUUAAACUUGUAAUUAUUGUUAAUGAACUGAAACAGAGGAUUAAAUAUAGAAAUGCAAUAAAUUAUUCUACUUAACAACA